AUGCUAUCUGUCAACGUUACCCCCAUCGCUGAAAAACUCUUGGCCACGGUAUACAGCGACGUAAAGAUCGCGGAUCCGGCGAAAUUCAAAAUAGGUGAUUCGUAUACGUUACGUGUACUAUAUAUUUCGAGUAAAAUCUUCCUCGGAGAAGACAUUUUGAAACGUAGUCCAAAUUGGACCACCGAGGUAUUUAAAAUCACUAAAGUGGAGCAUACUUAUCCUGUAACCUAUCUACUGAACAACUAUCGCAGAAAAUCUAUCUCUGGAACAUUCUAUGAACAUGAGUUAGAUCCCGCGGCUUAUCCGGACGUGUAUCUCAUGGAGAAAGUAUUGCAGGAGAGGUGA